AUGUUUAUCUGGUAUACACGCUAUUAUCCUAUCAGGGGAGUCCCCCUUAAUCACAGUGAACAGUAUACAUUAGCUGUGAUGGCGAAGUCGUUUAAUUUCACGUUUAUAGUACGCGGGAAAGUGCAAGGUGUAUUUUUUAGAAAAUACACAAAGAUAGAGGCCGAUAAACUUGGGAUAAAGGGAUACGUACAAAACCAUGUCGAUGGAAGCGUCGUAGGUGCAGGUCAGACCGUUGAAAAACAGGCAAUGGAAUCUUUUAGACACUUUUUAGAACAUGUAGGAUCACCCAAUUCUGUUAUUGAAUCAUGUACCUUCGAAUUCAAUGAAGAGGAUGGAUCACACAAAUACGAUUCCUUCAGUAUAAAAUAUUGA